CCUCUUGCCAUUCCAAUCUACACCAUGAUUGAUCCCAAGAACAAAGAGAACAUCCCGAUUCCACCUAAGGAUGAGGAAGAGUUGGCAUUGGAAAAGUUGGUGUUCGGCGACUUGGAAGGCUUCGAGGCCAACCUCAAAAAGAUCGACAACUUGUACGACUUUGAGGACGAUUCCGACGUGGAAGAAGAGAUAGAGUCCGGUGAUUCCGAUGCAGAAGACUACUCCAAGCUCAACGAUGACCAGUUGUUCUUCGUGGACGAGGGCGAAAAUGCUGAUGAUACUAUGGAUGUGGAUGAGAGCUCUGAAGAAGAGUCGAAUGAAGAGUCGGACGACGCCUGGAACGACAGUGACGACGACAAGAUCAACAUCUCGCUCAUUGCAUCGCACAGAACCAAGAAAUUGAGAACGUCCGAAUCUGAGGCGUACGUCAGCGGGAAGUCGUACGUCACCAGAUUGAGAUCGCAGUUUGAAAAGAUCUACCCGAAGCCGGGAUGGGUGGCGACGCUCGCCGAAGAACCAGCGUCCGAUGCGUCCGACGUGGAAGACGAGCUUGAGAACAACACCAACUCCUUGUUGAAGGUCCUCUCAACCACCGCCGCAUACAACGAUACCGGGGCCAAACUUACCAAGCUCCUCGCACCGAAUAAGAUCGAUAUUGUGCGUUUGAAGGACGCCAACCAGUCACAUCCGUCGCGGGCCGCGAUCCAGACCAUAUCGUUCCAUCCGUCGCAUCCACUCAUGUUGACUGGUGGCUACGACCGUACAUUGCGCAUCUACCACAUCGAUGGCAAGGUUAACAACGUGGUGACGACACUCCAUCUCAGGGAUGCGCCAGUUCAGACCGCUCAGUUCCAUCCAAACGGAGGCACCAAGAUCUUCAGUGGUGGUAGAAGAAAGUAUUUACACAAGUGGGACUUGGAAUCUGGUGCGGUUGAGAAGAUUAGCAGAAUGUACGGCCACGAAAACACUCAAAGAUCCAUGGAGUACUUUAAGAUCUCGCCGAAGCACGGCAAAUAUAUCGCCUUGACCGGUAACAGCGGCUGGUGCAAUAUCUUGUCUGGGAGUACCGGACAGUGGAUCAACGGUUUCAAGAUCGAGGGCAACUUGGUCGAUAUUGCCUUCUCGGCCGAUGAAUCCUCUAUCUUUGUCGUUAGUCACACCGGUGAAAUCUGGCAAUGGGACAUCGAGAAUAACAAGAUCGCCAGUAAAUGGACCGAUGAGACGGGUGUGGGUAUCACCAAGAUCCAGGUCGGUGGAAAGGGCGACAGGUGGGUUGCCGUGGGCUCCAAUAGUGGUAUUGUUACCGUCUACGACAGAACCAAGGGUGUCAAGAAGCCCAUCGGUGUGAUUGAGAACUUGACCACCACUAUCUCCUCCUUGGAAUUUUCACCAGACGGUCAGGUCUUGUGUAUCGCUAGUAGAUCCAAAAAGGACGCCUUGAAGUUGGUCCAUCUUCCAAGUUGCACCGUCUUCUCUAACUGGCCAACGAUGGCCACCCCGUUGGGCAAGGUCACCGCGAUCGCCUUCAGUAAUGGUGGCGAGAUGCUCUGCAUUGGUAACGAAGCCGGGAAGGCUCGGUUGUACAAAUUGAAUCACUACUAGGGUUGUAGGCCACAGGUCUGUGUAUAUUAAUGUUUGAUUAGAAGAUGG